AUGUCUAUCCUUCGCCUCUCUACUGUACUCACAUACAUCGGUGCGGCCGCCGCGGCCACUGCCGGCCAAAUCCCUCUCUACGCUCAACCGGCCACCGAUAAUACAGCUAGUCUCGGAAAGAAGGACCUAGUUUCCACUUCUGGACUGCAGGGAAACAUUGACAUCGAUAAUUUGCUAUCACGCGCGAAGGAACUUUCCAAGAUUGCUGAUCUUGGCUACGACGAAUACAACCAUCCAACCCGAGUGAUUGGCAGCAAAGGUCAUCUUGCCACCAUUGACUACAUUUAUUCGACGAUUAAAGAAUUGGGCGACUACUACACUCUGUCGAACCAGUCGUUCGACGCGGUGACAGGCAAUGUCUUCGAGUCACGUCUCGUCAUUGGUCAAGAUGUCCCGAAGUCAGCCACCGCAAUGAGUCUUACACCGCCAACUGCCCACAAGGAGCCAGUCUACGGACCUUUAGUAUUGGUUGCAAAUGACGGCUGCUCGCCAAGUGACUAUCCUUCCAAUGUCGCCGGAGCCAUCGCCUUUAUUCGUCGUGGUAAUUGCCCGUUCGGAGACAAAUCAAGUGGCGCUGGAAAGGCUGGAGCUGUCGCUGCCGUCAUAUACAACAAUGAGGAGGGUAGUGUUUCUGGAACUUUGGGCGAGCCAACGCCCGACCACGUAGCAACUUUCGGUCUAUCCUCAGAAGAGGCUGUGCCUUAUCUGGAAGCCCUGAAAAAUGGAACCAAGGUUGACUCGAUCGCUUAUAUUGAUGCCAUUGUCGAGAAAAUCGAGACUGUCAAUGUCAUCGCCCAGACCAAAGGCGGAGAUUCUGAAAACUGCGUCAUGCUUGGUGGCCACAGCGACAGCGUGGCUGAAGGUCCUGGCAUUAAUGAUGACGGCUCCGGCUCCAUUUCAAUACUAGAGGUGGCAGUUCAACUGGCACAAUAUGAAGUGAAUAACUGUGUCCGCUUCGCAUGGUGGGCUGGAGAGGAGGAAGGCCUACUGGGCUCUAACUACUACGCCAACCAUCUUUCCCCCGAAGAGAACCACAAGAUUCGUCUCUUCAUGGACUACGAUAUGAUGGCUUCGCCAAACUAUGCCUACCAGAUCUACAAUGCCAACAACGCCGAGAACCCCGUUGGUUCUGAGGAGCUGCGCGUGUUGUACGAGGAGUUCUACGAAUCCCACGGCCUCAACUUCACAUAUAUUCCAUUUGACGGACGUAGUGACUAUGUCGGCUUCAUUGACAACGACAUUCCUGGUGGUGGUAUUGCCACAGGUGCAGAGGGUGUCAAGACGAAAGAAGAGGCUAGCAUGUUUGGUGGCUACGCAGGCAAGUGGUUUGACCCUUGCUACCACCAAAUUUGCGAUACAGUGGAAAAUCUGAACCUGACGGCAUGGGAGGUCAACACAAAGCUGAUCGCCCACUCUGUUGCAACAUAUGCGAAGUCAUUCGAGGGUUUCCCUAAGCGUAAGAGUACCGCCUCUGUCAAGACAACCAAGCCCCGCAAGUACCUCGGCCACCUUCUUGCCAUGUAA